AUGGACAUCGUGGGACCAUUUUCCAUGGAGAUCGAUCAACGGAGGUUCCUGCUCGUCGUAAUGGAUUACUUCUCAAAGUGGGUGGAGGUCGAGCCACUAACAAGGAUAAGUGAGAAAAUGGCGGAAGUCACAAACCGGGAGAUCCUCAAAGGUUUACGAGCUCGGCUCGACCACGCAGGAGGCAACUGGGUCGACAAGCUCCCAAGUGUCUUAUGGGCACUUCACACGACUCCAAAAGAAGUGACCGGCGUAACACCAUUCCAGCUGAUGUAUGGAGGGGAAGCAGUGGCCCUCGUGGAGGUUGGAGUAAAAUCCGACCAGGUGCAACUCUACGACGAGAGAAAUAUCGAGCGGAGGUUAAUGGAGCUUGACUUGGUGGAUGAAUCGCGGGAUAAAGCCAUCGUCCGGCUAAUGGCAUACUGA